AAAGUAAGAGUUCAUUCAGAGAUAACGAAUAAAUAAUAUAAAAUCGCCACUGCGGUGAAUGAACUUGGAGGGGUGACCAGUUCCCUUGAGGGAACUACGGGAUGAUUUCGCUUUCUUCGGGGAAUUGGGAUUUGUUUAUCUCAGCUUGGAGGGGACUAUAUAAGAAUCGAAGUUGGUGUAAAAAGUUACAGUCUGCAUUUAAUGAGGAGCACAGAAUGAAGCUGACCCUGCUGUUGAUCGUUUGCUUUUGCCUUUAUGGGCUGGCCCUGGGCAAUUCAAUUGUGGUAACAAAGCCACCAUUCAUUCGCAGUCGCUAUAGUUUGCGCUGGCGAAAGACAACCACCGUGGUUCCGGAGGCACCCACUGGAUCCUCAAUCAAUAUCGUCACCACCACUGGUCAUCCCAGUUUGGCCUCCUCCACCGCCAAUGUGGACUACGAUUAUUACGGCAAUGGAGAGGUCGAAAAUGUGGUGCACAAGUAAACAAGAUAUAACACAAAAUUUAAAUAAAAGUGUCAAUUAAAUCAUUAAUUAAUCGCCGCAGCAUAGAAAUUGUAACAAUGUAA